AAAAAAUCGACACUUGACACUACUGACUUUCACUCUUUCCACGUUUGCGGUCCAAACCGGAUUCACGACAAACUUUGAUCUCCUGCUUACAUUGAUUAUAAUUUCGGCAGAAAAUGGAAACCUAUAGAACACACAUUGUCAUGUGGACUGUCCUGUGGUUAGUAGAAGUCUUCCUGUGUGCCUCAGCCCAUUUGGAGCCGGUCCAAGCGAUUGUGGGACAAAACGUCCUCCUGCAAUGCCCCUGCAAGAAGAGAAACGAGAGAAUGGACAUGAAAUGGCAAUUAGAAGACCAUACCACCGUGCUUCACCACAGUGGAAGUCAUAACACCACAAACAUCGGGGAGGGAUAUGAAAACAGGGUCAGUCUCUUUCAGAAUGAAGAUAAGGAAAACUGUUCCCUGCUCCUCUCAGGCAUCACUGUCGCAGACAAUGGGAUGUACAAAUGCUUCUUUCAAACCGAGACUUUGGUCUACAUUCACAUCACUCUGCAUGUGAUUGCCAGCUACAGUGUCUGUAUGUACCAGGUACUAGACCAGGCUUCGAUGGGUUCCGGAUGGGGAGAGAGGUUCAGGGUGUACCAGUGUAAAGCCAACGGGGGAUACCCAAAGGGCCAGAUUCACUGGAAGAUGGGUGGACAUCCUCUGGUGAACACCUCCAGGAGGGAUGAGACCCACCUGGAUAACUCUACAGGACUAUACAGUCUGACCAGCAUCCUGACCAUGGAUCGGAGUCAGGGUGACAAACUGCAGUGUAUGGUGGAGAACACAGACCAGGCUUCUAAACUCAACUCCACCUGCAAGGAAAAGCCUGUAUACAUUAGAGAGAGUCUAUUGGAGAGUCCUGAUAAAGUAGCAGUAGCAGCAGGUGUGUCUGUCAGCGUGGUUGUGAUGCUUGUUGCGGGAGUCCUGCUGGUGAUCUUCUUACUGACUAGAUGUCACCGGCGUGAAACAUCAACGAAGCAGAGAGACACAGAGGAAAGAAGCGUGACCCAGCAGUUGAACAUGUAUGAACACUGAGUGAGUGGAGCAUCUUCUCCCUCUGAUACAACAAUCUCUCCUCAAAUGACGGACGACAAAAUGGAGGGAUGGUGACUUGCAACAAGACAAACUUAAACUUAAAAUAAUGCCUGUGUUCAAAGUAGCAAUGUGGAGCAGCAUUGAGCAAUGUAUUGUAAUGUCAUGUCUGAACCAUAUUCUGUGGCAAUUAUGCAACGAGGCAGGAAGUGAAAGAAGUGGAGAACAGCAUGAUGGGAGAAAUGACUGGUCAUUGGACUGAACAUGAGCCGAACUCAGUAAAUGAAGUCCAGAGAAAUCCCAAGAAAUAAAGUAGACCUAAGGCAGCCUGUAUAUUAUAGCGUUGACUAACUACAGGUGCAUUCACAUUUCUAAGAAGAGAAGCAGAUGAUACAGGACUACUAUAGUUAACAGCCAUCAUGGAAACUCUUGUUACAUACAUCUACCGCAUGUUCCUGGUGUUACCCAUUUGAAUCAUGUUGAUAAUUCGCUUUCAUGUACAGCAGUCAUUUCACAAUGUAAAUAUGAAUUUAAUUAUCUGAAUAAUGUGAAGACUUUGACAUGAUCAAUGUUUUCAUUGCUGCUUAUUAUUAUGAUGUAGCUUGCUGUGAAAAAAAGCGUGUCAUGGAAUGACUAAAUCAAAAGAUUAGUAACACUUUGGUCCAGGGUCCGUUUUGGUGUAUUAACCAUAUUGGUUAAGCUUACAACACAGAAAGAGCUGAUUGGAAAUCAGGGAAAUAAAAUGACUUUUUAUAGGUCUUGUCCCAAGGGACUAAUACAAGUUUCACAUCUGUGUUCAUAUUUAUUUUGUGAGAGAAAAAAACUACAGACAUUAUACAAAUACAUUAUCCGCCCACCUCUCCCCUUUCCACCCACAUGACCUGCUUAUUUGAGUACAAAUAUCAAAGUAGUGAUUUUAAACUGUUAAUUGUUGAAGUCCAUAUGUUGAUACUUGGUUGCCUGGGUGUUAGGUACAGUGAAGUUAGUCAUCAUUAAGCAGUAAGAGAUUGGCAAGACAAGGGAUUGGUUUAGAUAAAAUGCUUGAUAAUGAUGAAGACAGAUUGCCAAAAGCAGAACAAUCUGUUUUAAAACUUUUAUACCACUUAUAUUUUAUGCUGUAAGUGACAAUGCUGUCUGUUUUUCUGUGUGUGAAAGUAUUGUUCAGUUGUUUUUAUGUGUUUGUACUGUUGGAAAGUAGCUGAAAUUCUCUGUCCUCUUCCAUCUUGGUGUUUCUUUUUCAAAUAAACUAUGUACUAUGAAUAUGAAAUGAGAUAAACCCUAUAUUAAAUGCCAUAAUAAACCCUAUAUUAAAUGCCAUAAAACCUAUAUUAAAUGCCAUAAUAAACCUUAUAUUAAAGCACAGCAUUGAUUGUCACUGCUACGCA